AUGACAGUGGGGGCUCGACUCUGGCUGCCAGGCGGUCCUGAGCGCUGCAGGAAGCAACAUGACUUAGGGGUUUCUGCCCAGAGGUGCACUAACCAUGAUGCCGCAGCCCCAAGUGGAGACAGAUGCCAUCGGGGCCGGCGAGGGGCCGCAGCAGGCAGUGCCCUGGUCGGCCUGGGUCACGCGGCAGGGCUGGGUGCGCUGGUGCAGGUGCCACGUGCCUCGGAGCUGGGCCCAGUGGUGGACCACAUCGGGCUGGCGGCAACCAUUUCAGCGUGUGCUGAGGGGUCUGGAGGGGGUCCUCUACCUGCUGCUGUCGCUGAUGCUGUGCCACGCGCUCUUCACCACCGGCUCCUACCUGCUGAGCUCCUUGUGGCCUGUCGCGGCCGCAGUGUGGAGCCAUCUGCUGCCAGCUGUCCUGCUGUUGGUGCUCAGCGCUCUCCCGGCCCUGCUCUUUACCGCCUCCUUCCUGCUGCUUUUCUCCACGCUGCUGAGCCUGGUGGGCCUUCUCACCUCCAUGUCUCACCCAGACUUCGCUCAGGACUCGGACCAAUAGAAGGGCAACCCCAUCCUGCUGCCUGUGUGCUCAGCUGUCUCAGCUGCAGACUCAUUGAGAACUUCUAGCUUGGUAUUCCUCACACUCACCCCCUCUUUCCACUUCCCCAGGCUCUAGAAAGGGCCCACGGACAGAAAGCUGGCCGAGAAAGGGCUGGCCAGAACCCCCAUGAGACCUCAGCGAACUCACUUCCCAGUCCUUUCUGCCCAGGCACUCCCCACUCCCUAGACCUCCUACCUUCUGCCUCAGUGCAUAUCUCUAAGCGGGCCAACUAGGGUAGUGAGGAUCCCAAAGGGUUCCCCGCGCUAAGAUUCCUAAGGUCUGUUAUGGAAAAAUGAACGAGAAGUCCCAUUUCCCCACUUACACAAUGUGUGGCCACGGCCAGUUAAUUCUUUUGAACCUCAGGGGUGAGUGGGUCUCAACCCUGUCACGGGGCUGGUGUGAGUCAAAGGCAAUACCUUGUGUGUGAAGCACUUCGCAAAGACCGGAAAACUGUAAGAUUUUUGCAUUGAACUAUAAGAAAAAUCUGUAGGUUCGAAAGGUCUUCUGACCUCGAAGGUGGUCGAAAGAGCAGGAAGCUUCCCUAGGCCUUCAGAGAGAUGCUCUGUCAUGGGUACCCUUUUGGCCCUCCGAUGGUUAAACGGGGAUGGAUGGGUGUGGACAAGAUGUAAAAGAUCGUGUGACAUGAAAUCUCAAAAUGUGCAGA